CACAAAACAACCUAAUAAAGCCUCCGUUAAUCUCUCUUUCUCCAACAAAGCGUUACAGAGAAGAAGGAGAAAUGUCGGACGACGAGAGAGGCGAAGAGUAUCUCUUCAAGAUUGUUAUCAUCGGAGAUUCCGCCGUCGGCAAAUCCAAUCUCCUCACUCGCUACGCCCGUAACGAGUUCAAUCCCAAUUCCAAAGCCACAAUCGGCGUCGAGUUUCAGACUCAGAGUAUGGUUAUCGACGGCAAAGAAGUCAAAGCUCAGAUUUGGGAUACCGCCGGUCAGGAACGCUUCCGCGCCGUUACUUCUGCUUAUUACCGUGGCGCCGUUGGAGCUCUCGUCGUCUACGACAUCACUCGUAGCUCCACUUUUGAGAACGUCGGUCGCUGGCUCGAUGAGCUCAACACUCAUUCUGAUACAACAGUAGCAAAAAUGCUUAUUGGAAACAAAUGUGAUCUCGAGAGCAUAAGAGCGGUGAGUGUUGAGGAAGGUAAGAGUCUUGCUGAGUCUGAAGGUUUGUUUUUCAUGGAGACAUCUGCGCUGGACUCGACCAAUGUGAAGACGGCUUUUGAGAUGGUUAUUCGGGAGAUCUAUAGUAACAUUAGUCGAAAGCAAUUGAACUCUGAUUCUUACAAAGAGGAGCUAACUGUGAAUCGGGUUAGCUUGGUUAAGAACGAGAACGAAGGAACAAAGACAUUCUCUUGCUGUUCGAGGUAACAACAUCUUUGUACCGGUUUCUCUUUGUCCUGCGGAUUGGUAUCGGGUUGAAUUGUGUUCCCGGUUAACUUAUAGAAAGACAGAGAUAUAUUCUUAUAGUUCUCAGUUAAAGUAAAAGAAGAAGAGAGAAAUGUGUUACAGAUACAGAAGAAAUGCGAGCAAAUUGGACAUGAAGUUUUGUCAGUGUAUAAGCUAUGUUCUCAUUUCUACUUCCUUAUUUGUAACUUUUGUAAACUUAUGAUUGUUCAAUCAAUUUUGAUAUUUUCC